AUGUCGUCUGGUCGGUGUUUUUCAUACGAGAAUCGCGUCAUACUGCUGAAUCGACUCUUCACCCUAGACGAACUAGCCACCAUAUCAUAUCUCUACUAUUUGACCGAAACCACGCCUCAUGCGAUGCGGAUCAUGCGCACGUUGUUGGUCGAGGAACUGCCGAGGCACAGGCUACAAGUUCCUGUGCCGUGCGGAAUCCUGCUGUCGCCUGAGGUGCCAUGGUACAUCUCCAGAUCAAUUGCUCGUCAUCGCUUUCUGAAUAUCACCUCCUUCACUACGGCACCCAAAGGCGGAGCAUUUGUUCACCUGCAGGACCCACAGACUUUUGCUGCCGAUGUUUUUCGAUUUGUGGAACGAAUAGUAAUGUGA